UGAUGAUGAUUCGCUCGCACUGCUGAACGAUUAGAGACGGCACAAAAGCCUACACCUGCAGCAUGGAAAGCAAUCGCCACAAGAGAACUAGGGCUGGAGCCUGUGCCACUUGUCGAGCUCGAAAGCGACGAUGCGUUCCUGCAGAUAGGGGAUCUACCUGCCAGAUGUGCCUGUUACUUUCGAUUCCUUGUAGCCUGAAUUCGGGCUCUAGGCUACGUAUUCAACCACCAAAUGGCCUUGUAGGCUCCUCUCAACUCACAGAAAGGUCGCCUAGCGUGGACCGCUCGCGUGAAUUAUUGUACGAAUUAGUUCCGCUUUAUUUCCGUUUCAUCCACAAUAUUGCGCAUACCAUGUUUCAUGUGCCCAGUUUUAUGCGUCGAUUAAACGAAGGCAAAGCAUUCAUGGUACACAUUCACGCAAUGUGUGCUCUUGCUGCUAGGUACUCCAACAAUCGAAUUUUCGAUGGUAUUUCUCCUUGCUUGCGUGGAAGAAUAUUUGCCUCGGAAGCUGUACGGUUAUGUCAACAACAUAUCGCUUCUCCUAGCCUGGAAACCGUUCAGGGGUUCAUUUUGAUUUCGUAUUAUUUCGCGGGAGAAGGCGAAGUACAAGCGAAACACGUUUACGCUGGACUUGCCCGAUUGCAUGCAGAAGCUCUCCCUAUGAGCGCAAUUCCCAAUGACUCGAAUGUCGUAUACGAGGAAGAAUAUCGUCGGACUUGGCUAUCAGUGCAUAUUGCCAACCAUUGGUCGGCUUCCGAUAUGUCCAUGGAGCCAAUGGGUCUAGGAGGCGACUCACGAGUCCCCCCAGCAAUAGACGACGUAUCCUUCCAUAUGCCAUGUCCGGAACUUGUUGGGGAAGGUCCGAGUAUGUCCUCAACCCCCCGUCGCGACAUGUGGGCCCAGAUGGCAAAAACGCUCGAUAUAUUUACCGAGAUAAAUAAACUACUAAGGCAACUCAGUCGUGGUCUGAUUUCCUUUGAUGAUUAUUGUGUCAAUGCUUCCUUUUUGGAAAAUCGUCUUGACCAAUGGGCGGGAAAUUUACCAUUGGAUUUGGGCUAUAAUUUGACCAACAUUAUGCUCUUUGUGGACCAGCAACUUGGCAGAACAUUUCUGUCAAUGCAUAUUGGCUAUUAUCAUUUUCAGCAAAUGCUUCUUUUUCCAUUUUUGGACGCGCGAGCGGCCCAGAACACUGCAGAAAGCACUGUACGACAUGGAGCCGCAAAGUGCAAAAGCAGCGCGAAUUUAGUUGCUGAGAUCUUGCAAUAUUCUACCAAGAUUAAGAAUUGUGAGCUUGAGUAUUUUAUCUACGGACAUAUCGCCGUUGUCAGCUCUUGUGUUCAUCUCCAUACCCUGCUAUUUAGUGAUGUUUCUCUGGAACUUGAUAUGGCGCGACAACAGUUGGUCUCGAACUUCCAGUAUCUUAUGAGCCUCAAAUCAUAUUGGCCUGUUGUUCAGUAUUCGAUUACUCGUCUACAAACAUUUCAGAAUUCAUGCAGGGAUUCCGCUUCGGAUCCUUUUGCUAUGGAUAACUGGAUGGCUCGCUUUUUAACCGAGCAUUCCUCUGUCCUUUCAGAGCGGCAGCUAAUUGUAUCGUCAAAUGGUCAUGUCCCUGAUAAUGAGGCUUUUAUCCCCACGGCAAUUCCAUCAUGAUAAAGUCAAUCGAUGCCUUUCAAAUUGCAACCACAAAUCAAUGAAGCCCAAACAUGCGAUGCAGGAAGAGGGCAGUGGGAUUUCUUACUUGUUGAAAAGGCAAGUAUAAGUCUUACGAUGCAAUAAGUUUGGUGAUCUAUCGAAGGGCAAAAUAUGCCAACAAAAGACAACUACGAAGCGUUCUAGCAAGGCAACCUGGACAGUCAUGUUUUCCAAAAAGAAUGAU